AUGACGUACAAGAUCUUGCACAGGAAAUGGCUGCUGCGAAAAUGGAUGUGGACGCUCAUGCCGCUGGAGUUGGCCGGCCUCGUUCCGCUCCUCGUCCUCUUCGGCAUCGCGCAGCCGGACCUCUACCGGACCAAACUCUGGGAGGUUGGCCACGCCUACGGCUUCAACUCGAACCCAAAGAUGAUUCUCUACGCCUACGCAAACUAUGAGCCAUACCCCAAGGUCCCCUUUGUAUGGACACGAACGCUCACAGACUUCAACGUCGCCAUCUCGGUAAUCACCCUCUUCCUCCUCCUCACCAAACUCGUCGCCUUCAUUAUGAAGUUCUGGUUCCCCCUCCUCGCCGCCGGCAUCAACGUCGCCAUGGUCGCCCUCUACACCGUCUCCGUCUACGGUCAAAUGGGACCCGACCACGCCGACCCGCGCUACCCGUCCUCCAUCGCCUGGUACGUCGCCAAGUCGUGCGACUACGCCCGCCCCUUUAGCGCCUACAAGAGCUGCCAGCUCGCAAAGGGCACCUUCGCCGUCACGGUCUACAUGCUCGCGCUCUACCUCGCCAACUUGGGCAUCGCGCUGUAUGUGCUUUGGCCGAACGCGGGCGAUAAAGUGGAUGGUGACGAGGACGAGGAUGGCAAGGGCAGCGACGGCAGCUCGCCGGUGGAUUAUGCGAAGGAGGGGAGGGAGUGGGAGAUGAGGGAUUGGCAUGCCAAGGGCGGGCCGGCGAGUCCGCGGGUCGGGGUUGUGCCGUAUACGCCCAGGACGCAGGCUUUCCAUACGCUUGAUAGGAAGUUGCCGUUGAGGCAGCAGUAUGGCUAA